AUGUCAACUCGUUAUGUUAAAAUAUAUUACGGUCCAUAUGAGGCUUUCUACACAGUUUGUCACAAACCCCAAAAGUUGAGAGGACUCAGAGACAAGCUGCAAAAGUUAGGUUUCCGAGUGGAUCUGGUGCCCGUGGACUUCGUUAACCUCUGUGUCCUGGAAAUGUGUGGCCAUGAGGUGUUCCGUUGUAACAUCUGUAACCUGUCGUUCAACUCGUCGUCGGAGCGCGACCCUGUGUGUCAGCGCGCGGUGGCAGCUGUUCUGGAAGGUUCGUCCAAGUUCCUCCGCGCCAGGAGCUACUUGUGGUCGUGCGCGCUCAUUGAAGAACAGAUAUUCAGGAGGAGCGAGUUCGCGCCUAAAGACUAUUGGCCGUUCGACUUCAAAAACAUUACGACCUGCGACGACUGUGUGUGUUGUGACAAAGAGAAUUAA